AAAAAAAAAACAUACAUGUUUUCUAAUAUCCCAACAAACUAACAACCCAAAAAAGUUAUGGUGCAAUCUAAAGCAAAAUACAUCACCUCCACUAUCCUACCUUUUUAUAUAUAAUAAAGCCCACCUUGGUGCAAUCAAACAAUCUUCACUUGCAUUUCCAUUUUCCACAAUACAUAGGAUAACAAGAAAAAGAACAAAAAAAUGUCAUUUUGGAAAUGGGGUUUUGUUAUGUUUUUAGUAUCAGUUAAAUGCAAAGUAUCUGUAUCUGUAUCUGAAUAUCCAACGGCAACAGACCCAAUAACACAACAGAAGCUAGACAUAGUAACAAACUUACCUGGUCAAAAUUUCAAUGUUGACUUUGAACAGUAUGCAGGUUAUGUUACUGUUAAUCAAGAAAAUGGCAGAGCUUUGUUUUACUGGUUGACCGAAGCUUCUCAAGAUCCUGCUUCUAAGCCUCUUGUUCUUUGGCUUAAUGGAGGGCCUGGAUGUUCAUCGGUUGCAUUUGGGAUGGCUGAAGAAGUUGGGCCGUUUCAUGUUAACGCAGAUGGAAAGUCUGUUUACUUGAAUCCAUAUUCUUGGAACAAUGCUGCAAAUUUAUUGUUUCUUGAUGCACCUGCUGGAGUUGGCUAUUCUUACUCCAAUACUUCUUCAGAUAUUAGAAGCAAUGGGGAUAAAAGAACUGCUGCGGAUUCACUUCAAUUUCUAUUGAAUUGGCUUGAAAGGUUUCCUCAAUAUAAAGGAAGGGAUUUCUAUCUAACAGGCGAGAGCUAUGCAGGACACUAUGUUCCUCAAUUAAGCCAAGCCAUUGUAAGGUAUAACAAAGCAAACCCUGGAAGUCCAAUCAAUAUCAAGGGUUACAUGGUUGGGAAUGCCCUAACGGAUGAUUAUAGUGAUCAUGUUGGUCUGUUCCAAUUUCUUUGGGCCUCUGGUAUAAUUUCCGACCAAACAUACAAGAAAGCCAACGAGUUAUGUGACAAGGAGUCGUUUAUUCACCCCUCACGAGAGUGUGACCAGAUAACUGAUAUUGUUUAUCAAGAAAUGGGCAAUAUCGAUCCUUAUAGCAUUUUUACUCCUACUUGCUCUGCCAAUGGUGUCACCAAGCGGUUUCUGAGAAGAUGGCAUAAUGUCGGGCAUAUUGGGCAGAGUUAUGAUCCCUGCACUGAACAACACUCCAUUGUGUACUUCAAUUCACCCGAGGUUCAAAAUGCACUUCAUGUGUAUCACACUAAUACAUCAAGAGCCUGGGAAACCUGCAGCGGUGUUGUAGGGGCGUACUGGCAAGAUUCUCCUAUAUCUGUGCUCGAUGUCUACCAAGAACUCAUAAGUGCAGGAAUUCGCAUUUGGAUGUUCAGUGGUGACACUGAUGCAGUGAUUCCAACUGCUUCUACACGUUAUAGCAUAGAUGCUCUCAACCUUACGACAAUCAGCCCAUGGCGGGCCUGGUAUGAAGAUGGCGAGGUUGGAGGAUGGACUCAGAAGUAUGAAGGGUUGACUUUUGUAACAGUUAGAGGAGCUGGGCAUGAGGUACCUUUGCAUAAACCGAAGCAAGCACUCACCCUCAUUAAGUCUUUCUUAGCGGGAACCUCCCUGGCAUCAUAUGAACAACUGAUCGAGUCUAAAACUUCAGCUUCAGAAGAACUUACUGGCUUUUGAAGAUGCUGCACAUCUUUUUAUCCUUCCCAAGCAUGGCCUUGACACCAGUUACAAAUAAAUGUUCCGACUAUGAUUUCUGAUUUCGGAAGAGCAUUUAGUGUCAGUCUUACACGAAACAGUAGAUGAACUUUGUAGGUUAUCUGCCAUGAAAGUAGUAUCAUGAUGGUUUUUACAUCUUCUUGGGUUUUACUUGUACCCCAGUAACGUAUGUUCAUGUUUUCAUAUGAUGCCAAUGCUCAUUAAGUACAAAAUACGUUGCUGAUCAA